AUUAGGUACAUUGUGUUUGAACUCGACUGUAAAUUAUCUGCGGGGGAAAUAUCAAAUAUCAUUUGGUGCCAUAAUGGACCGUUUAAUGGAAUAUACAUCUAACAGUAGUAACUCUAUUAUGAGUAUUGAUAAAAGUGACACUAACCAAAGCAUUGAAGAGAAAAAUCUUACAGAAGAAGAAAGCAAAGUUGUCAAAACUGAAAAGACAAAUUUAAGGAAUUUUGCAGAGGUAUCUGAAAAAGGGGACAUAAAAAUUGAUACAAAUGAAACAAACCCUAUCGGUUCAGUUGAUCAGAAAACAGAAAACAAGAUUAUAAAUAUAGAUGAUGAUUACGAUCUCAAAGAGCUGAAUAGUGAUGUCUUGUCAAAGCAAAUGUCAAAUGUUGUGACACAAUUAGAAAAACAAGUCAUAGAUGAUUCAGGAAAGAAGGAGAGCUCCUUGUGUACAAAAAAGUCAUAUAGUCACAAAACUCACCCUAUGGCAAUAGAUUUGACUGAAACUGUAGAAGUGAAGGGCAGGAAUACAGAAUCAAAAGAUCCAAGCAAUGUUGAUAGUGACAUUAAUAAGGAAAUUCAAAGUAAAGAUACGGAUGAUGUUGAAGGUAAUCAGGAUAUAAAGCAAGACAACAGGUUUAAUGAUGUUCAAAUAAAAGUUAUAGAUGUACCCGAUGAUGAUGACUUGUUUGACUUUCUCAAGCAUCCAGGUGACACUGAUCUUGUUGGCAAUUCUAGCAACCAUCCAGAUGAUAUUGAUGACACACCUAAUAUAAGUGAUGCUGAGGAGAAACAAGAACAAGAUGACAUACAGAAACGUGAGCUAUAUCGUUUCCUAACAGCCAAUGAUCCUACACAGAUUCAUUCAAAUGAAGUGACGCCGUAUCAGUCAGGAGACGAGAACAAGUAUGACAGUGAAUCUAGUGGUAGAUCUAGAUCAACAGAAGAUUUGUCCAGUGAAUCUGAAAAUGAUCGCGCAGAAUCAGUACAGCAACAAAAUAUGGAGGAAAUGGAAAGCCGGCCUGAGACUCCUAUAUAUGAGGAGCAAUUAGAGACACCUGUCAGAGUGAGACGCAAACCGGGUCGGAAACCUCAAACAGACAAACCAUCGAAGAAACCCAAACUUGCACCGGGAGAACUGACUGAAAGAACUUUAGAAAGGCUGGAGAAGUGUAAAGUUGCUACACACAAAUGGUUAAAAGAUUUAGAAGUUCCAGAGCAGUUGUCACUAGAGAAAACAUUACGUUUUGAUAUUGUUGAUUUAAAUCAGUAUUUAACAUGUGGACUGUGUAAAGGGUACCUGUAUGAAGCUUCAACCAUCACAGAAUGUAUGCAUACAUUCUGUAAGAAUUGUAUAGUACGACACUGUAUGGAGGUGAGCUUACAUUGUCCAGUCUGCAACAUUCUGAUACAUCCCACAGACCCAUUUGUACAUAUCAGGUUAGAUAGAAUGAUUCAAGAUAUUGUAUAUAAGAUUCUUCCAAACGUGGCAGAAACCGAGAUGAGGAAUAUAGAAGCUUUCUAUGAAGCACAUCCAGAAGAUAAACCAAAAGAAAUAAAAGAGGAACCAGAAAAUGAAGUUUCCCCACCAGAAGAAAAAGAAGUCAAACCAGCCAGGGACCAGUCUCAAAUGGUGUCACUAUUAUUAGAAUCAGAAAGUGAUACGACAGAGUGUGAAACUUUUGAAAGUUUAGAGAAGAAGUUUAUUAGAGUGACAGGCAGUGCUACAGUGGCCAAUGUUUGUGAAUUCCUGCGAAAGAAAUUGAACAUUGACAGCAAUAAACAGGUGGAGCUGUUUUGUUGUGGUGAUACUAUAGAAGAAGAUAACUUCACCUUGGAGAAAAUCAAGAAUAAGUUCUUUGGAGACGAGGAUUGUUUGAUGCUACUGCAGUACAAGAUUAGAGAAACCUGACAGAAAUGUGUUCCUAUCAGCAUGUGUUCACCACUUGUGUCAUGUUUUGGCAUAAUUCUACUCAUUAUCUUUACUAUAAACAUUUUAUGUUGGGAUAAAAGAAACAUGAAGAUGCAAACAACAGAUUGAUUAUUUUAAUAAUUACAAUAGCUUGUUUACAUAUGAUAUGUAGAAAUAAAUGGUAGAGGAAUACCUGAAUCAUGUACAAAGCUGAAAUGUAUGUAUUCUAGGCUGAAUAAGGGUCCAUCCGCCCUUUCAGGCACUGAGAGUGCGGGCUCCACAAAGCUGAAAUUUGAACUUGAUUACCUUUUAUCAUCAAUGACAAGGGAUUGCCUGUGAUCUACCUAUAUGACAUAAUUGAUUAACAUGCUUAUGUUGUAAUUUCAGUUGCAUUUUAGUACAGCAAGAUUUGAAGUGAUGUAUUUUAAUACAGAUUUGCCAGGAACAAAGAAAGGAUUUUGUUGAAGUGUUAUCUAAAUGUGUUACAUUGCAGAAUUGUUUGUCACAAGAUUUAUAACAGAAUUUAAGUUGCAUCUCAGCAAUAAUUGUUUAACUGCAAAAAAACACAUCUGCUGUAAAUGUACCUUAUACAUGUAAAUGUUUAUGUUAUUUUCUGACAGAAAUUGAAGUAACACGGGCUGUUAAGUAGGCCCAAAUUUUCGUAAAUUCCCUACUUGUUUAAUAUAACCCAAUAUUUCACUACUGUAAAAUCCGUAUUUUUCGGAUGCCUUGCAGUCAAAUAAAAAUAUAUAAAUCAGGAACAUAAUUAAGUCUUCUUUAAGUUGAAAUAUAACUACAAGAAUUAUGAUGUGAUGGAUACAUACAGACCAGGUCAAAGAGUUGUUCUUGUGUAAUAGAUGACUAUACAGUAAAAUAACUUUAAAGUAAUGUCAAAGCACAAGAACAACAGCCUCAAGUACUAAGAUCUUGUAUACUAUUUCCAAUGCAGUAUAUUUAUAUCAUUUUUGUUGGAACAAAAAUAAAUACACCUAAUAGCCAUACUUUUAAGUCCCUACUCAUUCCUUACUUUUAAAUAAUUAUUGAGCCCUUCUUUUGCUCUCUUUUUCAAAGGUCACUUGUCAGCCUUUGAUAACAGGACGCAAGGAUUAUUUUGUACUCUUUGUUUUUGUCUUUAUUUUGAAUAUGAUUAAAGAUGUUACUUA